GUCGGGAGAGGUUUUGUCAUGUUUUCCACUUGCUUUUUAUGAUUAAGCGUUUCGUUAUCACAUCUACUGCUCGGUUUCUGAAGCCAGCGAUUCGGAAUCUCUCUCUUUCUCUCGAUAUCAGACACUUAUAUAAAAAGUUGUUUACUUUCCCUUGUGAGAUUCUCUGGAACCUUUAUUGAGUGAGAGGGUUUUGUCUGAUUCCCAUAAAGCUCAAGCCUUUAGGGAGAGUAAGAAGAUAAUUAUCGCCGAUCAUGGAUUCAGAGGAUGACUUGCUCGGUGCCCACGAUAUGGAAUCAGGAGAGGAUGAUUUUUACAGCGGUGGUGGGUCAGAUGAUGAUUACAUCGAAAGUGAUGGUGAUGAGCCCGAUUACGGUUUCGUUGAGGAAGACGUGGAUGAUUCCCUCAUGAUCGCCUCUCAUCGCUCUCAGAUAAAUUAUGUUGUUCUCAAGGAAGAAGAUAUCCGCAAGCUUCAGAUGGAUGAUAUUGGAAGAGUCUCCAUGGUCCUUUCCAUAAGCGAGGCUGAAGCAAGCAUUUUACUUCUUCACUAUCACUGGAGUGUGAGUAAAGUUCAUGAUGAAUGGUUUGCGGAUGAGGAGGGAGUUCGGAAAGCUGUUGGCAUAUUGGAGAGACCUGUUGUUUCAGCCCCUCACGGCGGAGAACUUACAUGUGGAAUAUGCUUUGAACCCUUCCAACGUGAAGAAGUUGUAUCGCUUGCUUGUGGUCAUCCUUUCUGCUCUACCUGCUGGACUGGUUAUAUCAGUACAACCAUCAAUGAUGGCCCAGGAUGCUUGAUGCUAAAGUGUCCCGAGCCUUCUUGCCCUGCUGCUGUUGGUCAAGAUAUGUUCGAAAAAUUCGCUUCCAAGGAAGACAAAGAGAAGUACUACAAAUAUUUUCUUAGGUCUUAUAUUGAAGACAACAGAAAGAUGAAGUGGUGCCCUGCCCCAGGAUGUGAGAAUGCAAUUGAGUUUGCUGCCGGGACUAGCAAUUAUGAUGUUUCCUGCUUGUGUUCACGGAGCUUUUGCUGGAAUGUAAGUUCUUGGUGUCAAAACCAACUAUUUAAUCACUUUGGUUUAUCUUUGGGACCUGUAAUAAAUAUGAAAUUCCAGUGCACUGAAGAGGCUCACCGUCCUGUGGAUUGUCACACAGUAGCACAAUGGAUACGUAAAAAUAGCGCUGAAUCCGAAAAUAUGAACUGGAUACUUGCAAAUUCAAAGCCUUGCCCAAAGUGUAAGCGGCCAAUUGAAAAGAAUCAUGGAUGCAUGCACAUGACAUGCACACCACCUUGUAAAUAUGAGUUUUGUUGGCUUUGCCUUAAUGCAUGGACAGCUCACGGGGAAAGAACUGGUGGUUUUUAUGCCUGCAACCGGUAUGAGUCAGCCAAGCAAGAAGGACUAUAUGAUGAGGCUGAAAAGAGGAGAGAGAUGGCAAAAAAUUCGCUCGAGAGAUACACUCAUUAUUAUGAACGCUGGGCAAGCAAUCAGACGCACUUACAAGACACUAUAUUCUACCUCUAUGUCAAGAACCAAGAGCUUUCUCGUCUUCCUAUCAUAUGUAUUUUUUUUUGUCUGAUUUGGCAGUCGAGGCAGAAAGCUGUGGAGGAUCUGCAGAAAGCGCAAUUGGAAAAGCUGGAGAAGCUUAGUGACAUACAAUGCACUCCAGAAUCUCAGCUGAAGUUCAUCUCAGAGGCGUGGCUUCAGAUCAUUGAAUGCAGACGUGUACUGAAAUGGACAUAUGCAUAUGGGUACUAUCUACCUGAUCACGAUAAGAAACAAUUUUUUGAGUAUUUGCAAGGGGAGGCUGAGUCAGGUUUGGAGAGGCUCCACAAAUGCGUAGAGAAGGAACUGGAGGUGUUUCUGAAUGCUGAAGGCCCUUCAGAUGACUUCAAUCAUUUCCGGACAAAGUUAACUGGUUUGACCAGCAUAACGAAAACCUACUUUGAGAAUCUGGUGAAAGCUCUGGAGAAUGGUCUUGCUGAUGUGGAUACACAAGGGACUAGCAGCAAAUCAACAAGCUCUAAAUCUAGCAAGACGAAAGGCAGUGGGAAAGGUAAAGGAAGCUCCAGAAAUGGCGGGUCCAGCAAAAGCUCAGAUGGAAACUGAGAUCUCUCUCAGGUUUCAGUUACAAUCUCUCUCUCUAUGCCUCUCUCUUGUGUGCCGCCAUCUCAUUAAGAAGCUCUAUUAACUUGGAAGUUAAGCAAAAUUGGAGAAAAGGUUUGGGGUUUGCUGCAGUAUUUUUACAGUAGCCUCCUCUGAGUUCAUUGCACGCACAAGUGAACUGCAAGAAGAGUUUGUAAUAGUUUAUUGUAAGCUACCCUAAAUGUUGUAUAGUAUAAAAGAAUAUUCACGUUGUUACUUUGGCUUUUUAAUUGCCUUGCACUGCUAUAGUGCAGUGUCUAUGAACACCAAAUGGAGUCUCUUUGUCUGUAAAGAAGAAAUGUUACUAUCUC